AUGGGGGACCAUAGACCAAUCAGGUUGGCAGUUUUGGGCGGUGAACUAACUGGGAAAACAGCCUUCACUUCGAGACUCACUGUUAAUGUAGUUCAUGAAGUACACUAUCCAACAAGACAGCAGACAAACUGGCUAUUUGAUUAUAUACCGAGCUCUGCUCUAGCCAAGACUCUUCUUGAUAAUCAAGUACACGAGAGAAUACUGGUGCGAACCCAGGGAAGUCAGCAACCAGAACCGGUAUUUUCAUCACCUUCAAUAUCACCUCAUAUACUUCUGUCGCCAUUGAUUUACCAGGCCCUCCUCAAUGACUAUCAAAAUGUUCUGAAGAAGUUUGCAAAUCGUUCUACAAACCAUAUUAAACAUGUUGAUAUAAAGGAAACAGAUAAUCCUUUCUACAGCUAUUUAGAGCCAAGUGGGGAGCCAGCAAAUACAAACCAAGUGAACACGGCCACCAAUUCGAACAUCAACAUUCUACGGUCGCUUAGAUCUGGAUCCACAUCGAUAGAAAGUUCUAAUGAGAAUUCAGCGGAGCUACCAAACAACUAUAUACCGCCAGAAUAUACUCCCAUAUCAGUAGAUAUCAUCGACACUCCGGGAUUCAAUCCAGAGAUGGUUGUGCCAUUCCUGGAAGUGUCUCUUUUUACUCGAUUGGACAAAAGAGUAUUACGUGGCCUCGCAGAUGAGCCUAGAGUACCUGUUUCGACUACCUCGAUGUUAGUUGCAUCGGGUGCGUCAGAGCUCAAUGGAAAAGUAGACGGAUACCUCUUUGUAUACAGUGCUGUUCCUGAGCUCAAUGAUGACAUCAGCCCACCGGGAUACGACACGAUUACUCCACCGGAAGAUACUGAAGGAUUGAGCUCCACUUCGAGCGGUGACUUCUGGACGGCUAACAGUAGAAGGACCGACGGGGGGUUCGCAAUGCUCGAAGUUAUAAGAAACUGUAUUCUUGAGGCUUGGGAAGAGUACAGAGAUUAUGAGAAAAGAUGGCAAGAAGGCAAAGAAGGUGAUGUUUAUUCAAUAAUCUAUAGUCUGAAGAAUGUGUGGAAGACAGAACAACAGAGGCGUGCGAAUCUAGCGAAGUUACGAAGUUUCGGUAAUAAAUUAAAAAGCUUGAAUUUGGAUCCAUCUUCACCCGAUUCGCCUCCACCUUGUCUGAUUCUCUGUACCCAUGUGCAUGAUCCUAUGGCUAGCCCUGCAUUGAUAGAGUUGGGUCAAUCGCUUGCUAAUCAGUGGCGAUGUGGCUUUGUUGCUGCUGAUAACAUGGACGGUUAUAACGUUGACGUUGCCGUGAGUCUCAUCAUUAGAGAAAUUGUGGAGAAGAAUAAGCUCUUAUCAAAGAAAAGGUCAAAAAGUUUCUCGGGAACCGGUAUCUCUUUGAAGAAGCUUGUCAAGUAA